GUGACGCUGCUGAAGUUUCCGGAAACGGACUGUCUGCGGUCAGAGCGGUGACUGUCAAAGGGGCAGAAGUUACAGGACCGGGCGGGUUUGUCGAGUGAAUUCGGACCUGUGGUGCCGGUUCUCGGCUCGGUUCGGUCAUGUCCGGCGCGCUCGCGCGCCUGUUCUUCUAUCCAACUUUGAGUUACAAUGUGAUUAUGGAGAAGUUGUCCUCGCGCCGCUGGUUCGACCGCGUGGACGAGACCGUGAUCCUGGGGGCUCUGCCGUUCAGGUCCAUGACCGCACAGCUGUUGGAGCAGAACGUUCGGGGAGUCAUCACCAUGAACGAGGAGUACGAGACCAAACUCCUCUGUAACUCUGCCCAGGAGUGGCGUGCCGUCGGCGUGGAGCAGCUGCGGCUGAGCACCGUGGACCUGACGGGAGUGCCCAGUCUGCAGCAUCUGCACAGAGGGGUGGAGUUUGUCCUGCAGCACCGGGAGCGCGGCGGCUGUGUUUACGUGCACUGCAAGGCAGGACGCUCACGCAGCGCCACGCUGGUUGCUGCCUACCUCAUUCGGCUGCACUGCUGGACUCCAGAGGAGGCGUGUCACAAACUGAGAUCCGUGCGCCCUCACAUCCUAGUGCGCCCAGCUCAGCUGGAUGUCCUUAGAAAAUACUAUUCCCAGGUGUGCAGACAGGUGGACUGAAGGAGAAAGGAAGCUCUGGCCUGGACUGGUUCCUUCAUGUGGACAUGACACAUGUGGACACGUGGAGCCCGCUGCCCCAGUGGGGGGAAGUUCCUUAGGAGCCCUCACAAGGCCUUGGGUCUAUCUCUGCAGAGGUUAGGAGCUGCCCCCACACAGUAACCUGCAGACGUCUGACCUCUGCUGGUCUGUUGUGGAGAAUCCAUCUAAUAAAGACCUUUGACAUGAAGGAUCUGCAUUUAUUUGACUUUAGCUGAACACUGAUGUUUGUGUACAUUAUUUAAAGACCCACUCCAAUAAAAAGGCGUUUUAGUUGGU